UGUACUAUUGUUGGGAUGAUUAAGUCCUCUAACCCUAUAGAGCAGACCCAUGCUGAUGACAGGCUGUCUGUAGGUGGCUCAGCUCAGGUUUCAGCCACUCUUUUGUGGCGGCUGUAAGUUGAUAGACCUUCCAUCUUCUACUGUCCUCCCACGGCCAACUGACCUCCAUUCAGAUCACCACAUAUACAUUCUGGACUGGAGUGGAAAAUACAAGCAUACGGACUGACCUCAGAACAGUGAGAAUCAGAGCUGAGAGUGCCCUCCCCCUAAGUUACUGUAAUGUGAGCUUGUCUUGCUUUUCACCUGCUUAGACAGCUGAUACAGAAGACAACAGACAUGGGUUAUACUCCUGGCAGGUGAUACUGGCUUGGUUUUGGUGGAUUUUCUUUAAAAGCAGAGAUUAAGAGAUCUGGACUACCGGACCAGUUUUACUACAAGAUUGAGCUGCUUUUACACAUGUAUAAUUAACACCACAGGGCAGCUGGAGGGAAAUACAUCCUUUAAAAAGGAGGCAAACAAGUGUGUGUGUGUGUGUGUGUCUGUGUGUGUUUGUGUGUAAGGCGUGGGUGCACAGUGACAGGCGGACCUUAAAUAUUAAAGACUGUGGAAGCACACAUUCUCCAUUAGAGAGGGUCUGGUGUGGUUUGAAGCGAGACUGAAGUGAUACAGGCUAAACCUCAGUGUUUUAAGUCACAUAUAAGAUAAGAUUCUAUCUUAGGAAAGUGUUUUUGAGUGUUUGUGAGUGAGUGUGUGUAAGUGAAUAAGUUAUUGAGUAUUCAUGUACGCCUGCAGACAGGUGCAAAACCAGCUGGUCAGUGACAUGACUGGAACAGAAGAGACUAAACCUGAAAGUGAAUUCAGCCAGCUGUCCAUGCUGAUAUGGAUGGCUCCAUGAGAGGACUACCACUACUGGAGCUACAGAGGACAAGCUGGAAUCUUCAAAUUCUGAGAGAACUCACUGGCAGCAGCACAUCUCAAAAAAGUUGGUAUGGAGCAACAAAAAAAGUAAAACAGAAUGACGGAGGAUGAGGGCCCAGUGCCGGAGGUUCCAGCAGAGCCUAAUGAGGAAGUUCAGCCCUCUAGGGACAGUCGAAAGCUGGACUGCAUUAUCUGUUUCAGCGCCUUUAAUCUGGCAGAGAGACUCCCAAGGAAGCUCUACUGCGGCCAUACCUUCUGCCAGGCCUGCCUGCGGAGACUGGAUACCGUCAUCAAUGAGCAGAUGUGGAUUCCUUGUCCACAGUGCCGACAGAACACCCCUCUGCCUCGUGGGGGUGCUAUUGGGCUGGACCUGGACCUGGCAGCUUUCCUGGGAGUCAAAGCUGAGGCAGAGAACCAGAGAAGCAGCCCUCAGAAAACUCCUCUGGAGACCAAGUCUUCAUUUGUCAAGCAGCCCAUCACAGAUCAGCCUCCAUCUGCCUGGGCCAACGUGGCGCUGGCAGAAUCCCGCUUUCAUAGGAGUCCAUGCUGUAGGCGGUGCCUGCUCUGCUGCUGGUGGUGUUAGAUCCAAUAAAAACACUGGACAUGUGACAAAUUAAAGGAAAAACAGUCUUUGGAA